AUGCUCAAGUUAGAUGAUUUACGUGAACGUGUGAAGAAAGGCGAGAUCAGUCAAGUGGUGAUGUCAUUUCCUGAUAUGUACGGUCGUUUGAUGGGAAAAAGAUUCGAUGCAGAUUUCUUCUUGGAAUGUGCUGUAGACGAUGGAACACAUUGUUGUACUUAUUUGUUAGCAUGUGAUAUGAAUAUGGAACCACAAUCAGGCUACACAUAUGCUAAUUGGCAACGAGGAUUUGGUGAUUUUCAUUUAGUACCUGAUUGGACAUCGUUGCGAUUGAUGUCAUGGCAAAAUAAAACUGCAACUGUCAUGUGUGAUAUUUAUGAUGAUAAAGAAAGUGAUAAAGUUCUUGUACCUUAUGCACCACGCAGUAUUUUACGAAAGCAAAUCGAAGCAGCAUCAAAACUAUCUUAUAAAGUACUUAGUGCAAGUGAAUUGGAAUAUUAUACCUAUGAAAAUAGUUAUCGUGAUGCUCGUGCACAGAACUAUGAAAAAUCAAAACUCAAGCCGUUGGGUGACUAUCCUGAGGAUUAUCAUUUACUUCAAACCGCUCGUGAAGAAAAAUAUACGGAAGCAUUUCGACAACAUCUCAAAGCCAGUGGUGUUCCUGUUGAAAAUAGUAAAGGUGAAGCUGGCAUAGGGCAACAUGAAUUGAAUAUCAAAUUUAGUGAUAUUCUAUCGAUGGCUGAUCGACAUACAACAUAUAAACAAUGUUUGAAAGAAGUGGCUGAUCAAUUUGGUGUCAGUGUUACAUUUAUGGCUAAACCGUUUAUUGAUACUGCCGGUAGUGGCUGCCACAUUCACUUGAGUAUGGUCAACUCCAGUGAUGGCAAAAAUGCAUUUACUGCUGAUGGCAGCGGUACAAACUCGAAUGAUCAGUUUAGUCCGUUGUUCAAACAUUUUCUUGCAGGUUGGUUAAAAUAUACGCCUGAUGUUAUGGUAUUUUAUGCACCAACAAUCAAUAGUUAUAAGCGAUUCAUGAGUGCAUCAUGGGCACCGACACAUUUAGCAUGGAGUUAUGACAAUCGUACGGCUGCUUUUCGUGUAGUUGGUAAAGGUCAAUCUACUCGUAUCGAAUGUCGACUUCCAGGUGCUGAUUGUAAUAUCUAUCUUGCAUUCGCUGCAUCAUUGGCAUCCGGACUACGAGGUAUUGCUGAUAAACUUGAACCACCACCGAUCUUCGAAGGUGAUAUUUAUCAGGCAAAAGAACUUCCUCAAGUACCUCGAACAUUGAAAGAAGCCAUUCGUGUUUUUGAAAACAGUAGUUUUGCAAGAGAAGCAUUUGGUGAAGAUGUUGUCAAUCAUUAUCUCAACUUCUAUCGGCAGGAACAAGCAGCUUAUGAAAAAACCGUAACUGAUUGGGAACGACAUCGAUAUUUUGAACAAAUAUAA